UAUAAUAACUGGAAGUUUGGCAUGAGAAUGGCUUUAAUACACGAAAAUCUAUGGAAAAGCAUCGAAGGUUACCAAGCAGAUGACCAAUCAAAAGAGUCAGAGAAGAAACGAUGUAAUGAAAAGGCUUUAGCAAAAAUCUGUUUAAUGAUUAAACCUAUAGCUUACACACAUGUAAGGUUAGCCAAAACAGCAAAAGAAGCAUGGGAUAACUUACAGAAGGCUUAUGAAGAUCAAGGUUUGUCUAGGAGGUUGAGUCUCAUACGAAGAUUAGUUAGAAUUAGAUUAGAAAAUUAUUCUACUAUGGAAGCUUAUGUAAACGAGACGUUGUCUAUAGCACAAAAAUUAGCUGAUAUGGCACAACCAGUCGACGAUGAAUUUUUAGGUGUUAUAAUGCUAAGUGGAUUAACAUCUGAAUAUGAUCCGAUGGUAAUGGCAAUUGAAAAUUCAAAUGUCAAGAUCACAAGUGAUUUCGUCAAGGCAAGAUUGAUGCAAGAUGACAAGUAUGGCAAGGACAAUAAGGAAAACAUGAGACCGCUUUAUUUUCUAAGAAAAAGUUUCAAACAAAGAAGAACAUAAAGUGUUUCAAAUGUGGAUUGUCAGGACAUUACAAAAAUCAAUGUAAGAAGCCAGAUGCAGAAGAAAGCAGACACAAGAGUCAAACAGAGACGAAAAAUGUAAAAACAGAAAAAGCUUUGCAAACUGUUCU